AUGUCUGUUCGCGAAGUGCUGUCUCUGGUGUGGAGAGAGCACUUUUUUCUGCAUCAUCGAUUCGAUGAAGCAGUGGAGCCGCUCCAGACAGAGGGCUGGACAUCCCAGGGAGUCUAUUUUCAUUGGGGCGCCAUGACGCGGCAGCUUCUACUGUCGGGCUGUGUGCCGCCUCAGGAUCGCCUGCAAGCUCGCUUACAACUUCAACGAGCCGGACGACUCUUCGCAUCCAAAGGGGCAGUUCGACUACGGGACCGGUGCCGUAUCACGGCGGAGCUGCUGAGGCACGACGGUCUUGACGCGGUGCCCGGCUUCUACACCACGUGUCUGCCUGACAUGCGCAUGGGGGAGCGUGUCAAUCACGGCUCCGACGUCUCGGCUAUGGCGACCUGGGCUCUGCACAAUCACCUGAUCGGGAGUCUGGACCAGACGAAGCUGGCCACGUAUCAGCGCAUCAGGCGAGAGAUAGAAAGACUCGAGAAUGAGGACAACAGCGACCCCUUCGACGAGGAGUCGGAGGAGAGCGACGGCAUCGUCGAUUAG